CAACCUUGAGCUUCUAUUAUUCUGUUAUUGAUUUUCACUGUCAGUCUGAGCUUUGAGCCUCUCUCCUCCUCCUGCUCAGAGGCGUGCAGGGAUGCAGAGCAGCUGCAGCCUCCUCCACGGUGCUCAGAUGGGUGCUGCCUGUGUUCAGCUCCUGUUGGCUGCCACCCUGUGGACGAUGCCUCACAUGGGAGCUGCUGCUGCUAUGCUGUCGAGCUCCACACAGCAGCAGCUCAAUACGACCAGAGCCGGAGCAGACGCACAGUCUGACGUCAGGAUGCUCACCGAGGGCAUCAGUGCGCCUCACAGCAGACGUAAGCGAGCCAUUUCAUCCAGGGAGAUUAAUGCCCUGCUGGACUACCACAACCGAGUCCGCUCUCAGGUCUUCCCCCCUGCUGCUAAUAUGGAGUUUAUGCUCUGGGAUGAAGGACUUGCUAAGUCAGCCGACUCUUGGGCUUCACGAUGCAUUUGGGAUCACGGUCCGCCGCAAGCCAUGAAAUAUUUGGGCCAAAACCUGUCAAUCACUACAGGAAGGUACCAGUCCAUCACUGAUCUGGUCCGGUCCUGGUACGAUGAGAGGCAUUAUUUCUCCUACCCGAACAGAUGCAGUGGACCUGUGUGCUCUCACUACACUCAGAUGGUGUGGGCGAGCACCAACAGAGUGGGAUGUGCUCUCAGGAAGUGUGCUAACAUAUUUGUGUUUGGAAGCACCUGGAGUGAGGCAGUGCUGCUGGUCUGCAACUACUCCAUGAAAGGAAACUGGGUGGGAGAGGCUCCUUACAGCAGCGGGAAGCCUUGCUCAGCGUGUCCGUCCAGCUACGGCGGCUCCUGCUGGAGAAACCAGUGCUCACCAAACCCAAAAACCAGAAGACUGACAAGAUACUGACACACACACACACACACAACACUGGAUUUUAAACUUGUUUUAAUGGAAGAACGAGAGAAAAGUACAAAGUCAUCAUCAUUACCCAUGUAAAGACGAGCUUUCAUUAACACACAGGCUGCAUAGAAGAAGCAAUUUUGACAUAUAUAUAAAAAAACCUAAUGCAGCUGUCCAGUUACCACUAUUACCAUCAUAGUUAUUAAUUCAUGCGUGUUCAUUGCUGUUGAUUGUCCAAAUUUCACUAAAACAAAA